AUGGCAACCGCCACCACCGCCGCCUUCCCCCGGCAGCGCAUCAGGAAGCUGCUCAGACUCAAGCUCGGCGCGUUCACGUUCGAGGUUCCUAUCACGCUCGACCACGACGCCAGCGCUGCGACCUACGCGUGCAGCGCCAGUGACGCGGCGUCGUCGUGGCCCGGGGUCGCGCGCACGAGCGAACCACAAGCUCGCCGCUUCGUUUCGCUGCUGGCGCCCCCUGCCGUGGCGCCCCUGCCCGCUCGCGCGACCGGCAAUGAUGCCGCGACGGCGCCCGGCGUUUUCUACGUGUGUCGCGUGCGGCAAGACGGACGCGCAGAGAUCGUCGCUAGCAACGCGCCGCCCGCAGGGGGCGCCACCGCGGCAGCCGACGACUACACGCUGUCCGGCGGCAUCAUGCGGCCAGCAGGGGGCGCCACCGCGGCGGCCGAUGACACGCUGUCCGGCAGCAUCCUGCGACGACUGCUAGCUAGCGAGACGCCGGCGCCCCCUGCAGCGGACGCGUGUAAACGGGCGACGGCUGGCGGGCGGGCGCGGCGCGAAGGGUUCAGCUGCGGUGCGUGCGCGCGUGCGGGCAAGCCGUCGCGCGAGUUCAGGCACAUGCACUCGCUGCUCGUGCACAUCGCGACGCGGCACCGCAGCGGUCGCCUCGACGCAAAGAUCGCCACGGCAACGGCCAACGUCGACAAACACGGCGUCGCGAAAUCCGACCGCGCGGCAAUGAUGGCGGCCGACAUUGAUGAAAGCACUUCUGCGGUCGCCACGGGAACUGAUGGCGCGGUAUCGACAAACAUCAGUGAGAGCGUGGCGACAGUCGCCACGGUAUCCAACAGUGCUGCAGCGACGAAUCUCAGUGAAAGCGUCACGACGGUUACCGUGGAAACCAACCGCGCGGCAUCGACAAACCUCAGCGAGAGUACGACGACCGUCGCCGUAGGAACCAACAGCACCGCAUCGACAAACCUCAGCAACAGUACGCAGACCGUCGCCGUGGGAACCAACAGCAGCGCAUCGACAAACCUCAGCGAUAGUACGACGACCGUUGCCGUGGGAACCAACAGCACCGCAUCGAUGCGGCACCACAAAACUAACAGCGUAGCCGCCGUGGGAAGCAAACCGCUGUUCAUUCUCGUCGUCAAUCGGCGCCGCAACGACCGUCUCAACGAGACAAUCCCCACCAUUGCCACGGAAACCCGCGCGCGGGAGGCAACAGAUGGACGCCGCAAUGCGGAGCUCCCAGCUUCUUCAUCCGUAACCACAGAGACAAGCUCCGUCUCUGCGCGGGGCACGGCGGACGCGGAUUCGCGCGCGCCCGUCAUCGUCGGUGGCCGCAAGCGAAAGCGAGAAACAGAAAACGAAGCCGGAGACGCAUUGUCGACGCGGCGUGCCGUCGCCACGACGACGGGCGGUGAAGGAGAUGCUGCAAAGACGAGCUACCGGGCGAAGCUGAGGAACCGCGGCGGCGGCUCGGACGCCGGGUCCGCGGAAGCCGCCACUGGUGCGGGGACAUCGUCGGGGAGACCGCGGCGCAGCGCCGCUCGCUGCAUGAAACAUGGCUUCAGGUUUGUGAGGAAGGAAGACGGGAUCUGUGAGCAUUGCAUGGACGAUCUGGAAUGCAAUCUCUGCGGCCGCAAGUUGCCCAACAAGCAGCAGUACUCGCUUCAUAUAAGUUUCCACCGGCCCCUCUCGUGAGGAGAAUUCGCCUGUCGCACGGAUAACGCAUCGUCCUCAUGCAUCGAUGGAAAAUGCCGCUGCUCCGACGGAAAACGCUGCUGCUCCCGUCGGCUUUUAUGAUUAUUUGGUUGUUUAACCAGGAUUUAUUUCGUCUACACAUCGAUUUUCAACCGUCCGUCAUUAAUCUGACAAAAGAGAUUAUUUUUACACAAUUCAAAAAUUGCCCAUGUGUGGCAUGUAGCACAAAUGGAGGUGGAAAUCUCUUACCACUUAUUAGGUCUUUGGAGGUGGAAAGACUUUAGUGUGACGUAACCUGUUACAUCGAUGUUUGGGAUACUCGUGAAAAAGAUGUGCAUAGCAUUCAAUAGCUGCAUCGUUUUGAAGAAGCCAUUUUGAUCUUCUGAGACUAGUCAAAUUUACAAAUGUGAUAAACUUGUGUACGAAAUAUUGAUAUACUAGAUACUUAUCGUAGCAAGCCUGUAUAUUAAGUUGCUCUAUGCAUUUAUGGCUUUGGGGUUAUUUGCAAUUCAGUCAACUGUUCCCAAUAGUUAUAAGCAGAGUAAAGAGAAAACAUCAUGAAAGUGUCGUUCGCUAGUUGAUGUUCUAGUCUUUUAAGAUUUUUACAUAUUAAUAUAUAUUUCCUUUGGUCGUUUAGUAUAGCAAACAAUCAAGGCGCCAAAUUAGUUUUGCCAUUGUAAAUUAAGUUAAGCUGGUCAGUGUGUGUGUAUUCAGACUUGAGAGAAAAUCUCUCUCUGGCAGCAUUACAAUUUAAAGCAGUUUGUUUGCCUUUACCCGACCGACUAACCAAAAAUGGCCCGAUUGAAGUGUUUUGUUUUAUUGCCUAUUUUCAACAUUUAUUCAUCACUCUUGAUGAAUAAGUAAUGACUUAAGACUGAUAUCACAUUUUAUAUUAAUGCCAUAAAGAUGACGAUGUCUAUAAAACAGUAUUUAAUACAUCUAGAUAAAUCUUUUAAUAAUGUAAUUUUUAUUCUUAUUCCCUUAAAAAAAUAACCUACCUACCUAACCAAGGUUAAAAAACAGUCGGGUUCAGGCAGACAAAAAUUAUUUUUGAUGGUGGCCUGUUCGUUAUUAUAAUGGUCUUACGAUUGUGGAGUUUUACUUCAAAUUACAUUGUUUUAAAGCCAUGGUUGUUGUCUUUUUGUGACAUAAAACGGCCGGCAUUCGGCAAUUAUAAUACUCUGUUAUUGGAUUCAGUUGCGCUUGAUACCAUACUGAAUAAAACUGAAUAUUAUUCUAACAAUUUUA